AUGGCAACCGCAGUAGCUGGGCAAGCCCCUCCACCACAACGGCAACAGGCUCCGCCUACAUUGCCACUCUUUGAUCAAUUCUUGGAUCUUCCACAUCCGGCUGCCACCACAAACUGUCCACCUCCCUUUUCCCUUUCCGCACCAGGAACUUUGCCUGAAAUGGAAAAGGAGCUCGCAGACAAUCUUUCUCGAGUGGCCCGGUUUGCCUUUCCAGAAUUUGACGAUGCCUUGGCAACCAAUGUUCCCCGGGAAAGUAUCUUGAAUCAGUUUAGUCAGUACGCCAUGCAACCAAAAGGAUUCCAACAUUACACCUUCUCUUUGCAGUUGCAAACGGGAGUCCGACUGCAUGGACACGUUCGGCGUUAUCUUCCCACUCAUGCCGAAGUCAGGUCUCGUUACGACGUUGGGCGAAGAGGAGAACGUGCCUUGGUCUUGUUGACUCGUAACAGUGGAAGUGACCUUGUCUAUUCCGCCAUUCUCAAAACGAUCGAUGCGCUAUCUUUUCAAGACUCCGUCAUGACUAAUGACCUCAAACCGCAUGAGGAACCCCAGAAAUGGUUUCUCCUCAAACUCUUUCAUCAACAUCAACAUUUGUGUGCAAGAUUCAAUUCGUUGCCCUUUGAACAAAGAAAGCCGAUGCUACUCAAUGUAGCUUGCUUGGAAGCGGGCGAAAAGCGGAUCGUAGGAUUGGAGCAGGUGGACGCCGCGAGGUUUCUUCUUCCGACCCAGUUGUUACAGGCGACACCCUCGUCGAUGGAAAUAAUGACCAAUGCUUCCACUUUGCCAUUACUUCGUGUAUUGGGAGUGGAAAAUAGCAUGCGACUGAUAUCUGGUUUGAUGAGUGAAUGCCGUAUCUUGCUGAUUUCUCACAGUCCGACGCGGCUCGCCCAGUGUGCUCGUUCCGCUCUAUCCAUCUUGGCGCAGGGUCUGUUGAACUGGCAACAUGUUUACAUUCCAGUCUUGCCACCACACUUGUUCCAAUAUAUUGCGGCACCAAUGCCAUACUUGAUGGGAAUGCUCGCUUCGAUGGCACCACGAUUGGAACAGGCCAAAGAUUUGGGAGAAAUCAUCAUUAUCAAUUUGGAUCAAAAUCGUAUGGAAACUCGUGGAAUCAAUGGUGCAGACGUGGACCGCAAAAUCCCCGAUUUGUUUCGCAGAGGUUAUGGAGACGUGGCCACCCCGCAAGGUUCCAUGUCGGCCACUGAAAUGUUGGCGCAAGACUUGUUGGAUCUGCUAAAGGCGGACAAACGAGCCUUGUAUGGGGAGUCCGGUUUGACCAAUGUGGCGGAAACUGCUGCCAAGGCCACCAAAGCACUCAAGUCUGGAUUCUCCAAGUUGCGAAACAAGGGAAAGAAGCUACUGCAAAAACAGUCCACAUUGGAGAGCGCUUCUGGAAGCGGGGACGAGCUUGAUGAAGCAGGUGGUGGUUAUGAAGUUGCAGAAGAUGCUGCCGAAAAGCAACUGCCCGACUACAUUUUCACACAAGGUUCUCAAAACGAACAAGCGGAGGAAGAGGCUCGUAUCGCAUUCACUGCCUUUUUCCUUGCUUCCUUUGGAAAUAUGCGUUGGUACUUGUCGGCCAAGCCUGGCAAGCUUCCAGAGUUGGAUAAGCAACGUUUCUUACAGCAGAGGAAAGCAUUGGGAGACGAAUACUCGGCUAUGUGGCCCCUACUUCAAAACUUUUGUCAGAGCCAAAUGUUUGUACAGUUUGCCAAGGCACGAGUGGAAGAAGUAAGGACACGGUACCCAGUCACCGCUGCUUCUCCUUUAUUCUCCAAAUGCACGUCGUACCAUCGGCAACACAAUGUUGACUUUAGCGUUGUCAAUGUGAGAAGUGUCGCACGGCAGGUCGCUCAACAGAACCCAUCACGUGUCAUCCUUCAAACGUCAGCUCGAAAAAUGGCAAUGACGUUGACCUCAAACAAAACGUUUGAGGGAGAUUAUAACAAGGCAGUUUCGCAGUUGGUGGAGCAAUGCCGAGAGUGCAGCUCUGUUCUGUUUGACGUGAUGUCGGUCGUUUGGGUUCGUAUGCGUGACAGUAAGGGGCUGCAUUGGAAGCACGGAUUCCAAUCUCUCCAAAUCUUGCGCAAUCUCUUGUACCAUGGUCCCGUCGCUGCAAUUGCCGAAGCCACUGAUGGAUUGGAUAAGAUUCGAAUGAUGAAGUACUACAAUGAGAAUAUGCGUCCACAGAUUUGCACUCAAAUUCGACAAGCUGCUAUACAGGUCUACAACUUGUUGGUAGACCGAGCUAAACUCUUCAACAUUCGCCGAGUUUGCAUAAACAAGCGUCGUAUCAUGAGAAAAAGUGAUCCAGGAAGGUACACGAGGGAAAGUCGCAUCAGGAUCGGCAUGCCAUUUGCCAAGAUCCACGCUGCAUUCAAUCCGAUAGCUAGAGGCCAAAUCGCCCCUGCUCCCACAUCUGGGGGAGGAACAGACUUUCUAGGCAUGGCAGCCCCCGCUCCUGUUCCUAUGCAACAGAAAGCACCACCAAAUCAAUUCGGUGCCGCACCCGUCACUGCAGGCACUCCAAAUGCGCCAAGCCCAGGAUCUGCAGACGACCUAUUGAGCAUCUUUCAGAAUACCUCAAUAUCUCAACCGCAGCAAAGCCAAGCUAGAACGGCAACUCCGCAUGAUCCUUUUGCGGUCGCUGCACAACCUCAAGGUACUUCUGUAAUGCCAACAGCCCAGACUGCUGCAGCACCACUAGUUGCACCACAACCCGCACCGCAACUAGGCCACCCGCACAGUUACGGUACAAAACACGCUGGAGUAUCUCCAGGAGCUGCGCCUCCUGCCACAAUGCCCCCUUUUGGGUACCCACCAAAUGCCGGGGCAGUACCUCAGAUGCAACCAACUCAGGGAUAUCCUGACCAGCGAGGUGUACCUCAACAACAGCAACAACCCAGCUACGGUGCACAAGCUCCACCUCAACCGCAAGCUCCAGGAUACGCUUCCCAAGGAUAUCAGCAAGGUGUACCGCCACAAGGUUUACCCGCUCAAGGUGUACCACCGCAGGGUGUGCCCCCUCAAGCUCAAAUGCAAAUGCAAAUGCCUGGUUACCCGCCACAAGUUCAGGGUCAACCACAGCAUCCAGGUUACCCGCAAGGAGCACCAAUGCGAUACCACAAUCCCCAUGCCGCGUACCCACACGGACAUCCUCACCAACAACACGUUGCACAGCAACAAGCGUACCGAGGCGUUCCACCCCAGCAGCAACAGCAGUAUCAACAACCACCGCAGCAACAACAACGCCCUCCUGCGGCACAGUUUGAUCCUUUUGGUUAG